GAGAUAGGCAAACUGGUCUAGCAAGUUUUACUUUCUCCUUAACAAACACAUGUACCGUGUAUGAAUUUAUUGUCUCUAACACACAAACGAAGAGACAACCGAAUCGUUGCUGUAUGCCGACAGAGCAGUGGAUAUAUCUACAUUUACAGUUUGCUGGUCCAGUUCAGUUCCCAGAGGCAAUCACAGGCGUACAAGAAAGUAAUCCAGUGUUUCGAUCCCAGAUGAGUUAAUGAGGAAUGGUACUGGCUUAUUCUGAGCAAAGAAGUUGAAGUUGUUUGUUUCCAAGUAUGUCAAUUGACACUCUUCAACCGUCUCCACGGCGAUUCCUAAAGCUGGCUGAAACUUCUGCUGUGCCAAGUCGGAACCUAGAGUCCCGUUGUCCAGUCAAAUCAUCUCCAGGGACACGCAAACCCAGUGCAGUAGAACGUCUCGAAGCGGACAAGGUCAAGUAUGUCAAGACACAGCAGGUGGCUUUAAAAAAACAGCAGCCCGUCACUUGUCCCUCCAACAACAGCCAGACUGGACCAGGUGCUCAACAGCCGACAAGGAAGGUCCCUGCACCACCCACUAAGUCUGAGACUCCUCCCCUUGACCUGGAACACCUUUGCAAACUGAUCGAUGGUGUUGACGAUACAACCACCACUGCUUUGUCUACGCAACCCAUCAUCACUGUGAAAGUCCAAGAGGAUGCUGACCCAUGCAAGCCCCCCUCUCCAACUCUAAAUGUGUCGAAAGAACCUUUAGUUGUGUCGUCUCCAACAAGUCAAGGAAAAGCAGAUGCUUUAGGUGCUAAUGGAUGUCCCGUCAUGACCGUACGGAGAGUCGAUGUCAGGCCACAGUUACCUCAAACGAGGAUGGCUGGUAGACCACAGCUUCAAAUCCGCACACCAGGGCAACCCACCAUGCCGCAGGUUCCAAUGCAACUUUUGCGUUUGCUCAGGCCAUACACACAGCAAAAUCAGCACCACAUUAAUUUAAAACGUCUUCAAAACAUUACAACUGCCUCUCGAGGACCCAUUAAGCCACCGUCCAGUCCUGCCCAAAUCUCACCCUCUUCUAAAUCUCCAUCAAGCCCAUUUAACUCUCAACCUUCCCCCAUUAAACCAAACACUGAACCUGCGUCAUGUACAUCUCCUACCCAAAUGACUCCAACCUCGGUUCCCCCAUUACUUCAUGACUUCCAGUCACCACCAUCUCCAGCCAUCACUGACCGCUCAUCAACAAGCUCCAGGAAGCGUCCUUCGCUGACACGGUCAAAAUCGGAUGUCAGCGACUGCUUUUCACGGGCAGGGGCGGAAAUUGAGCGCUUCUUUAAUUAUUGCGGACUUAACCCCUCCGAUUUAAAGGAACUAGCAAGACCAGGUUCCGAUAUUGUGUCUGUUUCACGUCUUCGCAGCGCCAGCGCCCCGACAUCUGAGCGUACGGCCGAGGGUGAGGAAGAGGAGGAAGAAGACACAGCAAAAGAUGAACGCCCUGCUUAUGGCAUUUCUGUUAUAGAAAGAAAUGCACGAGUUAUCAAGUGGCUUUAUGGAAUGCGUCAGGCCAAAGAAAGUCCCAAGGUGGCCAAUAUGUAGGCAGUCCUCAACUUCAAGCUAUUAAAUUCAAAUGUAUUUCAAAGCAGCUUUACAAGCAUUGAGAAAGUUAAACUAUCAUGUUCAAUAAAGAAUUUAUUGUGCAUCAUUUUAGUGCCAGGGAUAAAUGUUUGUUUGAGUGGCCCACUUGAAAAGACAUUACAACAUUGGCACAACAAAUGGCUUGAGUUUGGUGCACUGAUGGCAGAUAAAGAGAGUGUUUAAAAUGUGUUGGAAAAUAACCAGUAUAUUGAAAUGCUUUUUGGUUCGACUAGUGCAGCAAAACACGUUUUUGUCUCUAUAAUGUCUUUUUUGUUUGUCCCCAUUGUUUUUUAGUGUCUAAUGUGUGCUAAGAAUCACUUGUUAGCAUGGGAACACAUGUUUUCAAACAAUAACAGUUUCUUGAAUUUGCAGUGUAUAGUAAUCUUAAUACAAUAACAUGGCCAUUA